CACUGGCAACAUGGCGUUCACUCUGUACUCCCUGCUGCAGGCUGCCCUGCUUUGUGUCAAUGCCGUGGCCGUGCUGCACGAAGAGCGAUUCCUCAGCAAGAUUGGCUGGGGAGCAGACCAAGGUAUUGGAGGAUUUGGAGAGGAACCGGGAAUGAAAUCACAGCUCAUGAACCUCGUGCGAUCAGUACGGACAGUGAUGAGAGUGCCGCUGAUUAUAGUGAACUCCGUCACGAUCGUGCUUCUCUUGCUAUUCGGAUAAAGCCCAGAGGGAAGAUCCCAAAGUAUCAAAAACUUGACUUCCACGCCUCAAGGAGCAGCUAGACCUCAAAUGGACAAUUCUCUGCUGCAAGCGAUUCAGCUUUUGUAAAAAAAAAAACUUCUUGUUUUAUGGUGGACCUUAAAAAUGGAUGUUCUGUUGUCCUGGAACAGUCGCUGUGCCUGUGCUCUCCCAUUAGCUAACAUAUCCGCUUUAUACGCUCCCGGGUUCUGUCAGCGCUGAGCUGCUCUUUGCUUCACACUAACCAACGCAACUAUGGGGUUUAUUUUGGCCUAUUCGGACAUCUCUUUUUGAAUAUUUCAUAAGCAGAUGGGUUUCACUAUUGUAAUAAAUUGUUUAAAAAGAA